CUGGCUUUCGAGCAAAGCACCUCGGAAUCGAGUCCCACCAGCGGACAUUUUUCUCUCCUUCUUCAGUGCACCUGCGCUUGAAAUGUGCCGCAGUCAUCUCAAUCGACGGCUCAAGCUAUCAUACCCACGCAUAACAAACUCCAUUUCUACUCGCCCGCGACACUCUCCACCAACCCAAGAAGCCGCUGUGGUUUGCGCUCAUCGUCGCCGUCAACCCCAUGUCACAUACCAAGAGAUCUCAUAAGACGUAUGAGGCUGACCUAUACGACGAUCAAGUCGCCGCACAUGUCUCCUUCGGCACCCCUUUGCCUCCCUUAGACCCGGACACACGUGACGAUGGCUCCUACGUUCCCUUACACAAGCAGCAGGUGAGGGACGAGCAUGGGCGGCGGCGCCUUCAUGGCGCUUUUACUGGAGGAUGGAGCGCAGGAUACUUCAAUACUGUCGGAUCAAAAGAGGGUUGGACUCCGUCCACCUUCAUCUCGAGCCGCACGAACCGACAGAAGGGGAAAUCGAAUACGUUCCACCACCGGCCAGAGGAUUACAUGGAUGAAGAAGAUCUUGCGGACGCCACUGCCACUCAAGAAAUCCGGACCACUGAUCCCUUUGCCGCCCUUGGGGCUUCGAGCCAUGUUGGACGUCAUCCUGUUAAGCUGGCUGGCUUAAUGAGAAGACAGUGUGAUAGCAUGGGUUUCGAGCUUCUGCGGAGGAUGGGCUGGAAGGACGGACAAGGCAUUGGGCCGAAAGUACGUCGGGAAGCGCGUUUAGGCGCUUCGGCAAACACUACGACUGCUGCGUCAAACGAAACCCAUCUCUUUGCGCCGGACGAUGUUGUUAUGGUUACUUUUUCUCGCAAGGCCAACCAGCGGGGUUUGGGCUACCAGGAGGAACGUCCGCUCUCGCAGCUCUCCGGGUCUGCCAACGAUCAAUACGGACUACAAAGCCUUGGGGCUGAUCUUGACAAAGGGGUUGACGACUCUGCCAGCGGGCCUCGUCUUUCACUUGGCAUGCCUGACAAGAAACAGAAGCAGGCACAACAUGGGGGCUUCGGCGUUGGGAUCUUAAACGACACCGGCUCAGACGAAGAUGACCCAUACGAGAUGGGGCCCCGAAUAUCAUAUAACCGAACCCUGGGCAGCGACAAGAUGAAGAAAAGGCAGUCCGCGAGUACCACUGUGGCGGCAAAUCCAGCGCUGCGAACAAAACCAGUAUUUGUUUCUAAGUCCGGCUCGGCCAGGGUUCACGUCCAGCCAACAUGUCUGGAUGGCAAACCGCCGCUGAAAGGCUUUGUCAUGGGCCACUCUUCAGAACCCCGACAAAUCAGACAGUCGCUGUCGUGUUAUCCCCCCCCAACCAUCCCCCCUGAAUGGGCGUCAGGGAAACGUCGCAUGGACGCCAAACAACCAACGGCGUACGCGUCGACGAAAGAUGCCGCAAAGGCUGCUUGUCACGAUCCCAGGUCUCGAGCGGCGAUUCUAGGCGAACCCGCCCUCCCUGGAAAGUCUGUCUUUGACUACAUGUCAACUGCUUCGCGCGAGCGACUGGCUGCGUUCACUGGCCGAUCGAAUCUCCCACCGGCCAAAGGCGAGGUUCUGCCAGAGCAUGGCAAAAAAGCCGAGCAGAGGCUGCAGGACAGGCUGCAGAGCAUACCCAGACUGGCCAAAGAGACGGCUAUUGCAGCAAUGAGUCGUGGAGCAGGUGCGGGUGGCCCUUAUGCAAACGAUGAGGCCAAGCGUGCACGUUACCGGCUCUAUCUGCAGAGUGCGGCUGGAUUUGGUGGCUCAACUCCCACUAAACCUCAAAACAUGACGGACAAUGACUAUAUCAAGGAGAUUGAGGAGUUUCAUGGGUGCGCGCAGCUUUUCAAGCCCAUGACAGGAUUCAUGGCCACCCGGUUCACGACUGCUUCAACGGGAAGCAAGGGACCUGGGGAUUCAGGGUCCAGCUCGGACUCGAACGUGCAGAGGCUUGUCAGGCCACCCAAGCCAGCAGAUCCAUUCGAAGAGGCAGCAAAAAUGGGCAUGUAUGGGCGCAUGACGAGGCUGACUGAAAAUUUCUUCCCGACCAGAUUGCUAUGCAAGCGCUUCGGUGUCCCGCCACCCUCCCACGUCCAACCCGACCUGGAGCCUGGUGCCUCUUCGGAGACUCGCGGUUCGUUCCAUGGACUACCUGCCAGUAUAGACAUGGCAAGGCAGCCGUUAAUCUGCGGGAUGGACACAAACGGAGUGGGUGAUUUGCCGGGGCCAAAGCCAGCGGACAAUGCGUCCGAGACCGGAGACAAGGUCGCCGAGGCCUCGCGGCCAAGUGAUGAUGUCUUCAGGGCAAUAUUUGGUGAUAGCAGUGAGGAGGAAUAAUGAAGUAAGUGUCGGCCAAUUUUUAUUGACUUGCCGUGGUAGCAACAACGGUGACGGCACGCGUAUCUGUGUCUAACACGAGAAGCGAUUGUGAUGUGCUGAGUAUCGACAGAGAUUGUGAUUGCACACGAUUUAUCUUUGAUUGCUCCCCUGUGAUGGUAGCCCAGGGCUAUGUGGUGUUGCGCCAUAGCAAGGUCGCUGUUCGACUAUGGUCUCAUCUUGUGGACUUGGGGUUGGAGAACUUGAUGGGGAAGUUGUGGGCUCCGGCGUCUCUCUAAAACCAUGACGCCAUGCAGUGUUCUUUAUCCUGGGCCAACUCGAGCUGAGUACCACGCCUCGGUUCAACACAGUUCAGUUCAUGAAUGUUGCGGGGAAUUGCCACUGUCCAAGGCCAAGAUCCCAGUACGAGUUGCACAAAGGGAGUUGAUGCCCAUGGACAAUAUUACCUGCCAUUGGACAGCCUCCUAUGUUUCCAUGGGCGGUUAGAGCGAACAAGACCUGGCGAUGGCGGCGCUUAUUGGCUAGCAGAAUCCCGGCAAGGCCCACCACAGCUUCCUGGGUGACAGUCACAGUCACAGCGGGGCUAGGUAGGACCAUGUCAGCAGUUACGUGAUCGUGGAAUAGGGCGAC